GUCAGGGAAACGUCAAAUUUUGACAAUCUUCAGUAAAAAUAUUUCUUUUCAACAGCUUCAAGUAAAUUAAUUAAAAAGCUUGCAUUGUGCAACAAAUUCAUAUAUUAUGUGCAUAUAAAUUACCCUUUCACUCUUCCCAACUGAUUUUCACGUUUCAGGAAGGUUUGCAGUAGUUCCAACAGAAGGAUGCGCCCCAUUGCGCUGCGUUCAAUAAUUUGUUUUCAUACACGUCACGAUUAAAAUACCCUUGCAAACGAUCGGAAUGCUUGUGAGGUUUCACCUUUUAAUUAAAUCUAUCAUCCUCUGGUAAAAUGCAAUCAAACUCAAAAACCAAAGAGAUGUUUAUAUUGAGGGCCUUGGAGAAAAUAUUGAAUGACAAGGAGAUCAAGAGAUCUCACCAUUCGCAACUGAAAAGGGCAUGCGAAGCUGCUUUAGAACAAAUUAAGAAUGAGACAUCAACAGAACAGAAAGAAACAUCUCCAACAGAAGACAAAGUCUCAGAUGCUUUGCCCCAACCAAAAAGUGGAAAUGUCAGUGCACUUACCACUGAGAAAUACUUUCUUCCCUUUGAAUUGGCUUGCCAAAGCAAAUCUGCCAGGAUUGUGGUGACUGCAUUGGAUUGCCUUCAAAAGCUGAUUGCUUAUGGUCAUCUGACUGCUAAUGUACCUGACUCGACCACACCUGGGAAACUGCUGAUUGACCGCAUUGUCGAGACAAUAUGUGCUUGUUUCACUGGACCCCAAACAGAUGAGGGUGUUCAGCUGCAAAUAAUAAAAGCCUUAUUGACGGUAGUUACUAGUCAACAUGUGGAGGUACAUGAAGGGACUGUUCUCAUGGCAGUUCGAACAUGCUACAACAUAUUUUUGGCUAGCAAAAAUCUUGUCAAUCAAACUACAGCACGAGCCACAUUGACGCAGAUGCUGAACGUCAUUUUUACGAGGAUGGAGAACCAGGCUCUAGAAGCGGAAAUACAAGCGGAACUUCAGGCAAAUGUGCCUAAUGAAACGAAAAUAUGCAAUGGCAGUGCUUCAGAAUUCAAAGAAGCAAAUACAAUAAAACUUGAAAUUCCUCAAGUUAAGGAGGUGGAUAAUAAUUCUGAGUUAGUUGUGGCUGAGAUUUUAGAUGGAGUUCUAGACAGAGUAAUGAACGAAGUCACAGAGAGAAAAAGUUCGACUACUGUGAAUAGCAGUGGCGAUAAUGAGACCCAGAGUGUUACUUCCUCUAUCACAAGGAUACCAUCCCAGGAAAGUAUGGACACACAAAGCGAAAAUGAUUGUGCUGUUACAGCUAAGUUUGCCCACAUUCUUCAAAAAGAUGCUUUCUUGGUGUUCAGAGCAUUAUGCAAACUUUCCAUGAAACCCCUUCCUGAAGGUACACCAGAUCCCAAAUCCCAUGAGCUGAGAUCAAAGAUACUGUCUCUGCAACUGUUGUUAUCUAUUUUACAAAACGCUGGACCAGUCUUCAGGUCCAAUGAAAUGUUCAUAACAGCGAUAAAGCAGUACCUGUGCGUGGCUUUAUCUAAAAACGGCGUAAGCUCCAUUCCAAAAGUUUUUGAGCUAUCAUUGGCUAUCUUCCUGGCUUUGUUGUCAAAUUUUAAAUUGCACCUGAAGAUGCAGAUCGAAGUAUUCUUCAAAGAGAUCUUCCUUAACAUCCUGGAGACAUCAAACUCAUCUUUUGAGCACAAGUGGAUGGUAAUACAGGCACUCACCAGGAUAUGUGGUGAUGCUCAGAGCGUGGUUGACAUUUAUGUAAACUAUGACUGUGAUUUAGCUGCAGCAAAUUUGUUUGAAAGACUAGUCAACGAUUUAUUUAAGGUGGCACAAGGUAGACACUCAGUAGAACUGGGUGUGUCUCCAAAUCAAGAAAGAGCAAUGAAACUGAAGGGUCUCGAAUGUCUGGUAUCUAUAUUGAAAUGUAUGGUUGAAUGGAGUAAAGACUUGUAUGUUAAUCCUAACCUACAGUCCACGGUGGGCGAACAAGAGCCUAGAGAACAUGACAAUGCAUCACUGAGGAGUCAUGGUGGGUCUUCGAAUAGCCUGCAUUCGAGUGAGAGCAGUGGGAAUAAAGAGAUAUUGGACUCCCCAGAACAGCUGGAAGUUCUUAAGCAACAGAAAGAGGUUUGGGAGAUGGGCAUCAACAUAUUCAACAGAAAACCACGUAAGGGCAUAUCGUACCUCCAAGAGCAGGGGUUAUUGGCCACUAGUCAUGAAGAAGUCGCGAAAUUUCUACACACUGACGAUAGAUUGGACAAAACUUUCAUAGGGGAGUUUUUGGGGGAGAAUGACGAGUACUGCAAACAAGUCAUGUACGUUUACGUGGACGAAAUGGACUUCGCCAAUAUGGACUUUGUAGCUGCCCUCAGGCACUUUUUAGAUGGAUUCCGGUUACCAGGAGAGGCUCAGAAAAUUGACAGAUUAAUGGAAAAAUUCGCUAGCAGAUAUUGCGAAUGCAACCCCAGUAACACCCUGUUCGCUAGUGCUGACACAGCAUACGUGCUAGGGUUUUCCAUCAUCAUGUUGACCACAGAUCUGCAUUCGCCCCAAGUGAAGAACAAAAUGACAAAAGAACAAUACAUCAAGUUGAACAGAGGGAAUACGGAGAGCAAAGACGUACCUGAAGAGUAUCUGUCGCAGAUCUACGACGAAAUUGCCGGACACGAGAUCAAAAUGAAAAACACUGUAAACAAGCCAGGGAAACAGCAAAUCAACAGCGAGAAACGUCGAAAAAUCUUGUUUAACAUGGAAAUGGAAGCGAUCUCGACAGCAGCGAAAAAUUUGAUGGAAUCUGUUUCACAUGUCCAAGCGCCUUUUACAACAGCAAAACAUUUAGAACACGUCAGGCCGAUGUUCAAAAUGGCGUGGACGUCGUUCUUGGCAGCCUUCAGUGUAGGACUGCAGGAUUGCGACGACCCAGAGGUAGCAGCCCUGUGCCUAGACGGUAUCAGAUGUGCCAUCCGUAUCGUAUGCAUCUUCCACAUGACCUUGGAAAGGGACGCCUACAUCCAAGCCUUAGCCAGAUUCACGCUGCUCACAGCUAACUCGCCCAUCACUGAUAUGAAGGCCAAGAACAUUGACACUAUCAAAACGUUGAUCAUGGUGGCGCAUACCGACGGAAACUACCUUGGCACCAGUUGGUUGGACAUUUUGAAAUGUAUAUCUCAGUUGGAACUAGCUCAGUUGAUUGGCACAGGUGUCCGACCCGAGUUUCUUUCUGGGCCGGGCCACAAACCUCCAGAUCCCAGUACCAAGGAACACAUCGGACAAACAAGUUCCCAGAGCGUCGUAGUGGCCGUCGACAGGAUCUUCACUGGAUCAACAAGAUUGGACGGCGACGCCAUCGUAGAUUUCGUCAAGGCGCUGUGCAAAGUCUCGCUGGAAGAACUGGCUCAUCCUGGGCAUCCCAGGAUGUUUUCUUUACAGAAGAUCGUCGAGAUCUCCUAUUAUAAUAUGGGUAGGAUCCGUCUGCAAUGGUCGAAGAUUUGGCAGGUGCUAGGCGAGCACUUCAACACAGUAGGGUGCAACCCGAACGAAGAAAUUUGCUUUUUCGCUGUGGACAGCUUACGACAGCUCUCUAUGAAGUUCAUAGAAAAAGGAGAGUUUUCGAACUAUCGUUUCCAGAAAGAUUUUCUUCGACCCUUUGAAUACAUCAUGAAGAAUAACGUGUCGCCCACCAUUAGAGAUAUGGUGGUGAGGUGCGUCGCCCAAAUGGUUAAUUCUCAGGCGAAGAAUAUAAGGUCAGGUUGGAAGAAUAUCUUCUCAGUAUUCCAUCUGGCUGCUAGCGAUCAAGAAGAAGCCAUAGUCGAAUUGGCAUUCCAAACAACUGGAAAGAUUAUUACCGAACUGUACGAGAAGCAGUUCCCUAUCAUGAUUGAUUCAUUUCAGGACGCUGUGAAGUGCCUGUCAGAAUUCGCCUGCAAUGCUAGGUUUCCAGAUACCAGUAUGGAGGCGAUCCGACUCGUGAGGACGUGUGCUGCUAGCGUAAAUGAGGCCCCGAACCUGUUUGCCGAGCAUGGCGGAAUCGAAAAUGACGUAGCUGUUCCUGAAGAGGAUAGAGUUUGGGUUAGAGGAUGGUUCCCUCUGCUCUUUUCUUUAUCAUGUGUUGUUAACAGAUGCAAACUGGACGUACGUACCAGAGCUUUAACCGUCCUGUUCGAGAUAAUAAAAACGUACGGCAGCUCAUUCCAGCCUCACUGGUGGAAAGACCUGUUCAAAGUACUGUUCAGGAUAUUCGACAACAUGAAAUUACCCGAGAAGCAACCGGAAAAGGCAGAAUGGAUGACGACCACCUGCAAUCACGCUCUCUACGCUAUAGUCGACGUGUUCACGCAGUAUUUUGACGUAUUGGGUGCGCUGCUUUUGGAGGAGCUUUAUUCGCAGCUGCAUUGGUGUGUGCAACAAGAUAACGAACAGCUGGCAAGGUCUGGUACAAAUUGUUUGGAGAACUUGGUAAACUCAAAUGGCCAUAAGUUCGAUGAAACAACGUGGGAAAAGACGUGCCAAUGUAUGCUAGAUAUCUUCAACUCGACUAUCCCUGCAGCACUGUUAUCGUGGAAGCCUGAAUCUAUGAAAACAACCGCGAUAAUUGAACAAAACGGUGAUGUCAUAGUGAACAAGGGCAUACUAAAGAAAUCCAGUUACUACGACCCAAAUCUAGGCGGCGAUUUUCAACUUUUCAAUAGCCUAGCAAUCAGAAGUGCAGUUCAGUUGGAGUUGAUACAGACGAUAGACAACAUCAUCUUCUACCCAGCGACUUCUAGAAAAGAAGACGCGGAGACCCUAGCUCUGGCAGCUGCGGACAUCACUGGCAAUGGAUCGUUGUCAGAAUGUCAAAGGGAAGAGCAAGGAAUGUACAGGCUGUUGAAAUCCCCGCAUUUGUUGAAACUGAAUGAAUGUCUUCUGCAGUCGCACAGGUUUGCAAAAGCUUUCAACUUGAACCACGAACAGCGUAACCUACUAUGGAAAGCGGGUUACAAAGGUUCCUCAAAGCCGAAUCUCCUGAAACAAGAAACCCAGAGCUUGGCCUGCUCUCUUCGUAUCCUGUUCAAGAUGUACUGCGACGAAAGUAGGCAACAACAUUGGCCAGCUAUCGAAGCAAGCCUCAUACAAACCUGUCAAGAGGCGUUGGAGUAUUUUCUUAAUUUGCAGAGUGAGACGCAUAGGGAAGCUUGGACUUCAUUGCUGCUUUUAGUGCUGACUCGCCUGUUGAAAAUGCCGGAUAGUAGGUUUGCAGUGCAUGUAUCCAGGUACUACCCCCUCCUAUGUGAGAUAGUCUGCUUUGACUUGAAGGUAGAGCUACGAUCGAUCUUAAGAAGAGUGUUUUUGAGGAUAGGUCCAGUUUUCCACAUAACGGCCACAUAGUCAAAGAAGACACUCCACUUUACGCGAUAAUUAGUUAGACUCGACUAAUAAAGCUAGUUUCUUGUGAUAUUCUACAAAAUAAAUUAUUGGCCAUCAUUGUAAAUAUGAUGUAGGUUAUGGUGUACUAAGUGGAGAUGGUAUUAAAUCAUCAGGUCGACCUUAAUGUUUUGUUACGUUGGUAAUCUACUUAUAUAAUAAACGUUUUAUAAACGUCAGUAUUAUAGCAUAUGAUAUGCAUAUGAUUUUAUGCAAAGUAACUGAGAUGUUCAACUCCAAAUCAAAUACCGUUUUAUUUGAAUGGCAAGAAAUGUACCUAUUUGGCAUGUACAAUGGCAGUUGGAGCGCUGGUUUUGCGCUUGUAUAUAGUGACAACAGUAGUGAGGAAAGUGAUUCUUCUCUGUAUCUAGAAGUUAGCUUUCAGUGUUCGAUGAAAUUUUUUUAUUACUAUUGGUGCAUUUCUGAAAAUCUGCAACUGAAGGUUUGUAAAAUCUUGACCUAAAAAAUUCGACAAUCUCGAGAAAACAUAUAAACAACCAACAAAUAAUUGUAUCUCCCUCCAUAUAGAGGUGCGAUACUUGUGCUUCAGCGGCCAAUAGUAGGUAACAGUUGAUGUUUACGGUUAUAUCCCAAUAACCUUAAUGUCAGUGAAUAUGUUUUGAGAUCAGUAUCGCCAUGUAUGGUGGCAGAGGAUGCAAUACAUCGACGUUAUACUAACAUAAACAUUUAAUGGCAAGUGAUGUAAUUAUUCGAUAUUUUUGCUAGAGGUUGUACGUUGAAAGAAUGUAGCUGUAAGUUUAUAAUGAAUUUGUGUAAUCAAUAUGUAUAUAUUGUUCAUUUAAUAAAUGUUAGAUAUUCAGAUUUUGCGGUACAUAUGUAGUCUGAUAAAUAUGAGAAUACCGUAUAUGAAAGAAGGCACUAAGUUAAAGUCCCGUCAAAAAUUUCUGAAAAAUCUCAGAAUUUAUUUUGAUGCCGCACUACAUCCUAAAAUACGUGACACAUUUUUCUCCUUAAAGCGGCUUUUUAAAUUCAAUAAUUGAAUUAUCACGGAUUCCAAUUUUAGGAUGAACUUGACAUAUAAUUGGUGGUUUCAAAAUUCUGUACAUUCCUUUAAUGUCGAUACACUAGUGAUAUGAUUAGCAAGUAGAUACUGUAUUUUAAACUUCGCUUAACAUAGGUCACUUAUUACAAGACCGAAAUCUUGAAAUACCCAGUGAUAUCAAGUUUAGUAAUAUACGCGUAUUGCUCAGAUGGUGAAGUACAACGUAAUCUGUAUGAGCAAAACACGUUUUACGAGAACAUUUUGCUUUUUAUAGCGUUUUGUCAGUUUCUAAUAGCCGUAUUUUCGAUGCUGGUUUUUAUUUAAAAUAGGGAACUCUACUUUUGCAAAAUAAUUUUCUUCAAGAUACGGUACUCUCAAUUUCCUGUUACAAUGUUGUACCUGCAAAUGCUGUACGCAUAUAGCUAUACAUUUGUUAUUGUGCCUUUUAUCAUUAUUGUAAUUUAUAUAUUCUAAUCAACGCAAUAUCAAAUAUUAAUGUAUUGAAAUCAAACGUGUUCAAAUCUAAAGGAUAAUUGGAGCAAACACUUGUAUCUAACUAUAUGAAGUCCUUGUAUUGUCCUCUAUUCAAAUUUCUCUCAUUUGUAUUUGAAUGGAAAAAUUCAAAUAACUCUUGAAAGUAAUAACCCUUAUUAUUCCUUAUUUAUAAAGAUGCAGACUUCUUUUGGUUUUGGCAACAUUUCUGGAACAAAAAUUCCGUGAAUAUUUUAUAUUGUUCAGUUGAAGAGGAACAAAUCAAAACUGUCGGUGAAAUUGAAACGUACUUAAUAUAUUGAUGUUAUAAUAUAAAUAAAAUUAUUGAGCAGUGCAUUUAUCAUUUUUGACAUCUAUUAUCCUCUGUAUUUGAACAUAACAGGUUUGAAUGCUUAUUGUCAAUACGUUAUUUAGACAUGUAUAUUUAUGCAAAUCUUCGUUAAAAUCAAUUUUUGUUUUAAAAUACAAAUAUAAAGCUCGUUUUAAUGACGUAUUUGUUUUACUGCCAUUCUCCGCCUUUGAAGUUGUUGUUUAAGACAAUAGUUAUCAUAAAACUUAUUCCUUCAGAUCAGUUCAUAUAUGGCAAUUCUACAGGGUGGACAAUAUAUAACUGACAUUUAAAUUGCGAGCAAUUUUUGAUACACGCAUUUCAGUAGGUGGCACCGUAGUAGUUGUUUAAAGCACAUUUGUCCAGUUCUUUAACGGCUCCUGACUUUUUUAUGGGUAUUUUUGAAAAGUAGGGUUGAUGCCAACAAACCAAAUACUGUAGAACAGCUGAAGAACAAAAUUACGGAAGCGAUUGAAAAUAUUCCUCCCGAAACCUACCAAAAAGUGAUGGAAAAUGUAAUCAUGAGGACUCAGGUUUGCGCGGCUACUAGAGGCGGACAUUUGUCUGAUAUUUUUC